CAAAUACAAACAUAGUAAUUUUCGAUCUCAAUUCUCAACCAAGGACGAACAUCACCAUCUUUUUACUUCAUUACAGCCUUAAACCAGAUCUUUUUGAUGGGAGAAGAUGGUGGCCAAACAUUUACUGUGGAUGAUGCUCUUCUUGCAAUGGGAUUUGGGAAGUUCCAAAUUCUUGUGCUGGUUUAUGCUGGCAUGGGAUGGGUAUCAGAAGCAAUGGAAAUGAUGCUCCUUUCUUUUAUAGGGCCUGCAGUGCAAUCUUUGUGGGGUCUUUCUUCUCAUCAAGAGAGCCUCAUUACCAGUGUGGUCUUUGUUGGCAUGCUAAUUGGAGCCUAUUCAUGGGGUGUGGUCUCAGACAAACAUGGACGAAGGAGAGGCUUCCUUAUCACAGCAAUAGUAACAGCUGUAGCUGGCUUUCUGAGUGCCUUUGCUCCAAAUUAUAUUUUAUUGAUUAUUUUUCGUUGUUUUGUUGGCCUUGGUUUGGGAGGUGGUCAUGUUCUUGCGUCCUGGUUUCUAGAGUUUAUUCCAGCUCCGAACAGAGGGACUUGGAUGGUUAUUUUUUCAGCAUUCUGGACUGUGGGAACAAUUUUUGAAGCUUCACUUGCGUGGUUUGUCAUGCCUAAGUUGGGAUGGAGGUGGCUACUUGCAUUAUCUUCACUCCCUUCAUUGCUUCUCCUUCUAUUCUAUGGAGUGACACCUGAGUCACCAAGAUAUUUAUGCUUGAAAGGUAGGAGAAUUGAUGCACUUAAUGUUUUGGAGAAAAUAGCAAGAAUAAAUGGGGCAAAAUUGCCUUCUGGAGUUCUUGUUUCUGAACAUGAAGUUGAACUUGAGGGCAGGAGUAUUCUAGCAGAGGAUACACAUUUGCUUUCAACAGGGAACAAGGAAGAUGAAACUCACAAUGAGAGAGCUGCGGGUGGUUUCUCAUCACUAUUAAUGCUUCUUUCACCUGAGUUAAUUAAGUCAACCUUGCUCCUAUGGGUUGUGUUCUUUGGAAAUGCGUUUUCGUAUUAUGGCCUGGUUUUGCUGACAACUGAGUUGAAUAAUGGACGAAACAGCUGUCAUACUAAUGCAUUACAAUCAGAAAAAUCCCAGGAUGUUAGCUACAGAGAUGUUUUCAUCACUACUUUUGCUGAGUUUCCUGGGCUUCUCUUAGCUGCAGCCACAGUGGAUAAACUUGGUCGUAAAGUUUCUAUGUCAUCCAUGUUCUUCCUCUGCUGUAUUUUCCUACUACCCUUGGUAUUCCAUGAGUCUCGGGGCUUAACAACAGGACUUCUCUUUGGUGCUCGAAUAUGCAUCACCUCAACCUUCACUGUGGUCUAUAUAUAUGCUCCAGAGAUUUAUCCAACCUCAGUCAGAUCAACUGGCGUUGGAGUUGCGAGCUCAAUGGGAAGAAUUGGUGGAAUGAUCUGUCCUCUAGUAGCAGUAGGUUUAAUUCAUGGAUGUCAUCAAACUGCUGCUAUUAUACUCUUUGAGAUUGUCAUUUUUGUGUCAGGAAUCUGUGUAUUGCUCUUCCCACUUGAAACUACAGGAAGAGAAUUGACUGAUAGCAUCUCUAUUUCAAAAGAAACCUCAAAUUAAGUUUACAUACAAAGUGAGGCUUGCCUGUUAUGUAUACCACAUCUAUCAUACAUGGAAGUAGUUAGACAACAAGAAUUUAAUUUUCAUUCUUCUUUGACUUUUAUCUUAAUUUUUUUAACAUUCCCUGUACUUAGAAGCUAAUUUUGCUGAUUAUUUCUCAAAUACACCAUAGCUCUUGAA